UCAGGCAAGGACCUAUGUUUGCAUGAGCAUCUUACGAUCUAGCUAAAAGUGAAGUGGCUUACGGUUUGCAUUGUAGUUUAGCUUCUGUUUUCGCCUUCCCUGUCGUAUAAGGUGAAACCUGUGACUGUUUGUUGCAUGCUGAAGCUUUUGAGAUAACCGCUAUGUCUGCGUUCGUUGGUGCGAUGCCUUCUCCAGCCUUCCAGCAGCUGUCUUCUUUCCUGUUCGUCGACUCGGUCAAACGGCUCAGCAUGGAAUAGCCACGUAGAGUCCUACAGUUAUGGGUGCCGUGCGCGGUGGGGGGGCUAUGUAGGACGGUAUGAAACUCUGGUGUGCGUGUGUCACCGCCGAUCGCCUGCAUAAAGCCCCCCCUCGUCCACCGUCCGUCAGCCGACCAACAGUUGCGCAGUGACGUGGUGCUGCCUGCCAGACAGGCGUAUACCUCGCAGCGCGUAGAAAAGAAACAAACCAUGGAUAGCGCCUGUCUGCAGAACACACCCGACUGCACUCCGAGGUGCAAGUCAUCGGCGCAUGCCGAUCUUGUCCUCUCCUCCAUCACCAAGGGGACAGUGCCGGAGAUACAGACAUACUGUCGCUACCUCUGCCACAAUUUCUGGUGCGUCAGCGACUCCAUCGGUCGAACGGCGCUCCACGUAGCCGCGUCGUUGGGCAAGGUUGAACUCGUCAGAUGGCUACUCGAGCAGUGUCACGCCGAUGUGGACGCUCGCGACCGCGAGUCCGGCUGGACUGCCCUGCACAGGGCCGUUUUCUACGGGCAGCUUCACUGCGCCAAGGUUCUGCUCCAGCACGGCGCGAGCAUCACUACGUCCGACUACGAAGGUCUGACACCCGUGGACUUAGCGGUUCGCGACAGAAUGCCGUACAUAGAGUACACUCCGUCGGACCCCUGCGAAGUGUACGUCUGGGGCUCCAACAAGAACUUCACACUAGGUCUCGUCACCGAGCAGUCGCCCAAGGACCCCGAAGUUCUGGAGUCGUUUCGGCGAGACGGCAUCUCUGUCCAGAAGGUCAAGAUGCAAAAGUUCCACUCUGUUUUCCUAACGAACGCCGGCGACGUGUACGUAUGCGGACAUGGUCUCGGUGGUCGGCUUGGGCUGAACUCCGAGAAAACGACGUUGAGCGUGACGCAACUCCCGCUUACCAAGGUGAACAAAGGAAAGUGCGUGGACAUAGCAUCAGGACAAGACCACACUGUCAUGCUAAUGGAAGAUGGACAAGUCCUGACAUGUGGUUUGAACACCUACCAUCAGCUGGGCCUCAUCCCACCGCCCCCGCAAGUGCUGUCUCCGAGGCCUCUUUCAAUGAAAUUCCUCAAGGAAAAAAAGGUGGUUGGAGUCUGUGCAGCAAAAUACCACACUGUCAUCUACACGGAAGAUGGAGUGUACACGUUUGGCCUGAAUGCUGGGCAGCUUGGUCAUCCAAAAGGAGACAGACUGCAGACUGUUCCGAGGCAAAUCUCCAUGCUAAGCCAUCCUGACAUAAGAUUCAGCCAUGUUGUGUCUUCUGACGGUGCUGUCGUCUGCGCAACAGUGAAAGGUGACAUAUAUGUUUGUCAGGAGUACAAGUGCCGCAAAAUAGCAUCUAAGCAACUCGAAAUCAAACAGCUGAGUGUUGUUGGUGGUCAGAUCGAUGAUUCUGGUGACACUGUUAGUGGCAGUGGGGACGGAGAGAAGCAAGCACUUAAGGUGGCAAUGCUAACCAAGUCUGGAAAGCUAUACCUGUGGCAGUCUUCAAACCUUACACUCACUCGCUGUCUCUUUAACACCCAUCUGCAGCCCAAAAUUGUGGACAUUUGCCUCAGCACCAGAAACAUAGCUCUUGUCUCAAAGGAUGGCGAAGGUUACUUGGGAACUCUGGCCUCAAAGAAGGAGGUAAAGAAGGUCUCUGAAAACAGUCCUCAGUCAAGGAAGACAGCUGUGCCAUCCUCUAAUGCUUGUAGCCUGGUCAAACUCUUGGAGUGGAAAGAGUGCGAGCAUAUCAGUUUGAAGAGGCUUCACUCUGUUAACAGGGCAACAAGAAUCACUUGCAGUUGUGCUGGGGAGAGCUUUGCUGUGCUUCAGAGUAAUCCCAAGGUGGGCCUCUUGUACGAACCCAGCGUCAAGUACUCGGAAUUUCAGAGCCACAUGAUGCAGCUGUUGGAGUCAGGUGACUGCGGAGAUGCUGUGCACGACAUUGUUGUCAAGGUAAAGGGCAACUCCUACCCCUUGCACCGUUACAUUUUGGCAUCUCGCAGCGAGUACUUCCAGAAAGUUAUAAAUGAGAUAGAGCCAUCAGGUGUUCAUGUCAUUGACAACAUAACUGUAAAGGCAUUUGAAGAGGUACUCUGCUUUAUUUAUACAAACAGCUGCAACAUCCUUGAGAGUGAGAGUGCACGCGUUAUUGUAGGGUUGUCAAAUAAGUACAGUCUGGGAAAGAGGAUCACGACUGCAUUUUUGAAAGAGGUUCACGACGCCUCCAAAAAGCUUGGAGUUCAUUCCCUCAAAGACUGCCUCAGCAAAGCAAGCAUUAAAAACAACGCUGUGGUUCUUGGCAUUGUACCACCAAUGACCAAGUACCGCUUCUUCAGGAACAAGUUUGAUACCCUAUGCGAUGUUACCCUGGUGUCUAGCGACAGCGUGAGUUUUCCAUGCCACCGGUGCAUUCUUGUGGCCAGGUUGGAGUAUUUCAACAGCAUGCUGUCUUUUGGCUGGGCGGAGUACUCAAGCAGCCAGUUGUCUCUACCCAUAACAUCGAAAGUUCUGGAUGCCAUCCUGGAAUUCUUGUACACGGAUGAUGUUCCUAAGUUGAAGCACUCCAGGGACAUUGAGUUUCUUUGUCAGGUUCUUGUAAGUGCAGACCAGCUGUUGGCGACACGACUGAGGCAGAUCUGUGAGGCCACCCUUGGGGACAUGAUGACAUUGAAAAAUGUUUCAGACCUACUGGAAGUGGCUUGCAUGUACAAUGCAGACCAGCUGAAAACACUGUGUGUGCAGUUUAUGUGCAUCAACCUUCCUGCCAUUCUGGAAUGUUCCCUGGACUCUCUCAGUGAUGACGCUGCCACUGACCUCGCGUCCUGCUACAAGGAAAUGGUGCCGGCCAUGUCAAGACGUGUCGUAACACCUUACAUGAGUGACCCCAGCAAGGAAGACAUUGAGAAGGUCCAGGAAGAUUAUGGGGCACUGUUUGAUCACGCUGAAUUUCUGGUCACUAACACCCCUGAUACAAAAAGCAAAGCUAGACGGAAGAGUGCGCCAAGGAAAAUUUCUGAAUCUUCUGCACUAAGUGUAGUCUCCACUUCCCCAGCAAAACCCAUGGAAGAGCCCCGUGUUUCCAGCUUUGGCGAUUUUGCUAAGCAGAGCAGUAGCUCUGCCACCAGGCCUGUUGUCCUGCCGAAACCAUGUCAGCCAUCAUCAACAGUGGAGGUUACUCCCACUAAGGGCCCGGAACGAAAAGUAAGAACGCUCUCCGAAGGUGCUACCUCUCCGCCAGCAGUGUCAGCCUUCACAUUUCCGAGCCUCGGCGAAGUCAUGGCUGACAAGAAAGGGCGCAAGUCACCAACGGACAGCAAGCAUGUCGAGGCUGUGCGGCCAAUGGUAAAGCUGUCGCAAAAGCAGCGAAAACAAAUGAAGGGCAGCACACCUGUGAACAUACUUGCACCCAAGACGCCACCACCAUCCAACUGCCCAUGGUUUCAGAAUGCAUCGCAGACAGCUCAGGCUUCAUCCCCUCCCACUGUGGGAAUUAAUGAAGUAGGUGCACACGGCACUUUCCCUUCUCCGUCUUCACCUCCUGCCGAGGUGCCCAGAAUGAUAGACAUACUUAGGUUCGAAGAACAAAAGGUACAGAACCUUGAGAAGGUGAAGCCAAAAGCGCUUCACAUUAUAAACAUGGAAGACAAAGCAAUCGAAGAGCUGCUGAAGUUUUACAAUGCUGAAGACAAUGCAGAGGAAAGGAUAACGGCUUGCAGGGUCCUGCCAGAUGCAUAUGCUGCCCCUGUAUGGAGGAAGAAAUAUUGACUUGCAAGCAGAGGAGGCUUUGUCAAGAACAUAAAGGGACUUGUCUAAACUAGAAAGUGAGCUUGGAUGCACAUCUGCUUUCUUUAUUUCUCUCAUGAAGUACAGUGUCGAGCCUUCGCAGGCAGCCUUGCAGCCACCUACGGCUUUUAAAUCUUCAAUGAACUUCUUCUGGCGAUUAAUUAUUAUUCCUUGCACUGUUUUGUUGAUAAAGUUUUAUGUAACACCA